CCGAAGCCUCGGCCCCAUUCCGGCCAUGGAGCUCCCCUUUGCAGUGACCAUCCUCUUCGGGAGCCUCUUCUCGUUGGCCUUGACUUUGAAUGAACUUUUGACCGGCGGCAGUGACCCCUUGACUGUCCUGGUAUGGAAAUGGCCUGAUGGCCAAACCCCGGACCUCUCGGGCGAUGUCUGCUCCCAACUCUUUGGCCUCGAGGGCUGCCGCUUGACCACUGACCGGAACGUUUAUGGCCGGGCCGAGGUGGCCGUCUUCCACCACCGGGAACUGCGUCACUCACCCCCUCCACAGGCCAAAGGCCACUCUGGACAAAGCUGGGUCUGGGUCUCCUUGGAGUGUCCAGAGCACACCAAGGGCAACGGCUCAGAAGCGGACUGGACCUGGGUCAUGACUUAUCGUCGCAAUUCGGAUAUCUUCAUGCCUUAUGGGAAGCUUGUGCCAAGACCACCAGGGGACGGAGAAGUGGACAUCCCUGAAAAGUCCGGUCUGGUGGUCUGGGUGGUCAGCCACUUCCGCCGGACACAGGCGCGGGCCAAAGCCUACUAUGAGCUCUCCAAGCACAUCAAGGUGGACGUCUUUGGUCGAGCGGCCGGCCGGCCCUUGGCCCCGGAGGACCUCCUGCCCACCAUCUCCAGGUACAGGUUCUACCUGGCCUUCGAGAAUGCCCUCCACCAGGAUUACAUCACUGAGAAGCUCUGGCGCAAUGCCCUGCAGGCCGGCAGCGUCCCCAUCGUCCUGGGCCCCCCUCGGGACAACUACGAGGCCUUCCUCCCCGGCGGGGCCUUCCUCCACCUGGACGACUUUCCCUCCAUCCAAGGCCUGGCCCACUUCCUCCUCAACAUGGAGGAGGACAUCUACCGGGGCUUCUUCGCUUGGAGGAAGCACCAUGCAGUCAAGACCUACCAGGAUUGGAGGGAGCGCUUCUGCACCAUCUGUGCUCACUACCCACGCCUGCAGCAGAAGGGGCCUGGCCCCAGAGGUGGGUCCUUGGUUAUGGACACUGCCCGAUCCCUCCCAACAGAGGGCCACCCAGCUGUAGAGAGACAGGACUGA